AUGGUACUACGAAUGACGAGACUCACUGACGAUGGCGGCGAAACGUCUGGUAAUGUACCACGACCACGGUCCUACUCUGGAAAUGAUGAUGCAUACAAUGGACUCCGGAAAAAUGUGGCGUCCUGCUCUGACGAUAUCCGUCACAUGACGGACGAAAGGUCAGCCAGGAUUCAUCGGGGUCGCAGGGCGGUGCGCCGAAGACCUAAUUACACAAAUCUGCAAUCCCCCUACACUUCCGAUGAGACCAACUUACGAAUCCCUUCCAAUCGCCUCUUUAAGCGAAAUCAAAGGCGAGAAGUGGGUAAGCCCCCUGCUGGAGAUAUUGGAACGAUAGGGGUAUUUCCUGGAGGCAGAACGGAUAUGGAAGGAGUUGUUGACACAAAUGAUCAACGUAUCAGUAAGUGCCACUUAUUUUAG